UACGAUCUCCGGGUCGCUGCUGCUGUCAAACCAAACCUCAGCAGACCGUUUCCAGAUGCUUUUUAACGGCGAAGGCUAGCUCGUUAGCUCAAUGACCCCUCUCUCUGUCUUGGCUGCAGCUCAGCGGCCAGCUAGCCAGCCUCAAGUCGGUGAAGGAAUAUCGCUAGCUCAAAAUAACCGGAGGUCGCUGCUACCUAACGCUGCCCCAGGAGUUAAUCCCGGUAUGGGGGACAUGAAGACCCCAGAUUUUGAUGACCUGUUGGCAGCAUUUGACAUUCCUGACAUAGAUGCCAAAGAGGCCAUCCAGUCUGCUCCAGAUGAGGCAGAGGGACCCCAUGGAGCUGCAGGUGCACCCCUGGGGAAGUCGGAUACUGUGGUUGGGGGUGUUGGGUCGUCUUUGAGACCACCAAGCCCUGCAGAUUCCCAAGCGGACACCUCUAUUGUUAGUGUGAUUGUGAAAAAUAAAGUGCGCCUUGAGACCACAGAUGGAGAGGAGGCAGACGCAGAUCAGGACCCCAUCGAUGUGAUCGCAGGGGUAGAUGUGGGUCCUAGACUUGGUGCGUGUGCUCCUGGAGUUGCUGAAUCUGAGGCGCUCAACCACAAUGGCUUCGGAGCGUCUGGGGUCUCCACCCCCCUUCCCCUCAGCCAGACUCAGUCUAAUGGAGCUUCGUGGUCGGUGAACACCCCUAAAGUGUCUUCAGAAGCAGCCGGUGGCGGUGCAGCCAAAUCUCACAAGCAAGGCGGGAACAUUUUCAACAGACUUAAACCGCUUGUGGCACAGGGGUCUGGAGAUCCAGUGGGGCGGGCCAGGAAGAUGCAGCUUCUACAGCAGCAGCACCAGCAGCAGCAGGACACGGGUCAAGAGAGGGCGGAUGGCAUCAAAGCAUCGUUACCGCCAUCGUCCUCUCUGUCAGCUGGGUCGUCUCCUCUGGCGGCAGGCGGGGCAGUCGGACUUGCCUCGCCUUUCUUUCCACCUGCCAAGCCUCUUCUUCCCCCUCCGCCGUCCGCACUGUCGUCACACCCGCUGCAUUCGUCUCAGCCUUUUAAUGGGGCGCCUAAAGGGGGCCCUGCUGGAUUUCAGCACCAGCAGAUGGAGGAGGAGGAUUCUGAUCCUGACUUAGGGAGUCCGCUGGUGAUCCAAGAGAGCCCAGACUCCCCGACUUGCACGCAGCUGAGCCGACGGUACAAGUCCGACUCGCAGCCCACAUCUUCUACAGCAUCUCACCCUAAACCUGGGGACACUCCCUCAGGGGCGGCUCUGACUUCAUCAACGCCGCAGUCUGGCUCAACAGAGAGCCCCCAGCUGGAGGACCGGCAUCCAGAGCACGUCAUAGAGGAGAGAGACUCGCCAGAGAGUCCUGAACCAGAAAUGCCAAAAUCAACCGCUCAAGUUGCAGGUAAGAGGUGCUCCAGCCCUGCAGUGGCCUCCACUCCGCCUCCAGCUGAACUGCGGGAGCCCAAAGAGGAGGAGGAAGAGAUGGAAGUGGGGAACGGGUUGGAGAAGGUGGCUGACAAAGCUGAUAAGGGAGAAAAUGGGAGAACAAGCGAGGACAAGAUGGAGGUUGAUGACGGCAAGCAGAAACCUCCAUCCAGUGACGGAGGAGAAACAGCUGCUGCACCACCUGCUGCCUCUGGAGCUCCCGCCCGACCCCUCAAAGUCAGAAUAAAAACAAUUAAAACCUCCACAGGUGGAAUCACCAGAACUGUCACGAGGGUGGCGCCGAAAGGUGGCGCUGCAGGAAAAGGUUUGGACUCUAAAGCUCAAGCUGGGGAACGUAAGGUGUUGGGAAACAAGGCCCAAAAACUUGAAGCCUCACCCGGUCACAUGACGUCAUCUUCCCAGAAAGUAAGUGCUCUAAACGCUCUGCCUGUGUCCACACUCGCAGCCAGCAGCGUCAUGCUAGCUGCUGCCACAAAGGUUCAAAACAAAAUGGCAGCAUCUGACAAGGCGAAGGUUUCUGCCACUGCUGUCAGCAUUACAAAAUCUGCAGCCCUGCCUGCAACUCCCUCUGUGGCCUCCUCUCCCAAGUUCUCAGUUGCUGCUGGCGGGAUCAGCGUACGUACAUCCACGAAUAAAACGGCUAAUGGAGGGAGCGGCACCAUCAUCGGCGGGACCCUCCAGCCAAACAAACCCGCCUCCAUCGUCAACAACACAGGCGCCGUAAUCUCCCGCAGCCAGUCGAGCCUGGUGGAGGCUUUUAACAAAAUCCUGAACAGUAAGAACCUUUUGCCGAGCUACAAGCCCGACCUCUCGGCGCCUCCGCCACCCGAGUGGGGUCUCCCGCUCCCGGCCACAGGGUACCGCUGCCUGGAGUGCGGAGAUGCUUUUGCACUGGAGCGCAGCCUGGCUCGACACUACGACAGACGAUCCCUCCGCAUCGAGGUGACCUGCAACCACUGCGCUAAGAGGCUGGCCUUCUUCAACAAGUGCAGCCUGCUUCUGCACGCGAGGGAGCAUAAGGAGCGUGGGCUAGUCAUGCAGUGCUCGCACCUGGUCAUGAGGCCGGUCACUGUCGAGCAGAUGAUUGGGCAGCAGGACAUUACACCCAUCGGUGGCCUGCUCUCCUCUUCGUCCUCCUCUCCUCCAGUCUCCUCUCCUUCCACCACGCCUGGAGGCUCCGCCGUCUCUGCCAACUCCAGCCCCAUGAAGGACUCAUCAUCUCCGGCUGCAGCUCAGCCCCGACCGGUCCGCCGCGCUCCUCAGGGCCCGCAAGCACUGAUGCCUCUGCCUUGCAAGAAGGCCGAGGGGCUGCAGUACAACAACUUCAAAUGUCCAGAGUGCCAAACACAAUUCUCUGGCAAGGCUGAGCUGGUCACCCACUUCCAGCAGAUCAGAGCUGCUCCAAACUCGACAUGUUCGCAAUGCUCGCCUCCCAUGAUGCUGCCUAACUCGUGUGCCGUGUCCGCCCACCAGAGGAUCCACAAACACAGAGCACCUCACGUCUGUCCUGAGUGUGGAGGGAUCGCCCGGCAGGCCAGCUUCCAGACCCAUCUGGAGGAAGCCUGUCUGCACUUUGCCAGGCGCAUUGGAUACAGGUGCUCGAGCUGCCAGGUAGUGUUCGGAGGGUUGAACUCCAUCAAGUCCCACAUUCAGACCGCUCACUGCGAGGUCUUCCACAAGUGCCCCAGCUGCCCCAUGGCCUUCAAGUCUUCCCCCAGUGCCCAGAGCCACAUCAGCACCCAGCACCCGACUCUCACUGGAGGACAGGCCAAAAUGAUCUACAAGUGUGUGAUGUGCGACACUGUUUUCACCCAAAAACCCUUGCUGUACAUGCACUUUGACACUCAUUUAGCCAAGCAAAAAGUGCAUGUAUUCAAGUGUCCUGACUGCACCAAGCUCUACGCCCAGAAAGGAUCAAUGAUGGAGCAUAUUAAGACGGCCCACAGAGGACCGUCAGCCAAACAGACCGAGUCUCAGUCCGACGCCUCUAAUCCUGCCUCGGCCCCGGCCAACGCAUCCGGCUCCUCUGGCCUCAAAUCCAAAUCCUCCGGAAAACCCGACAACUCCGACGGAGAGGACUGGGGCCGGGAGCAGGAGGAGGAAGAAGAGGAGGAGGAGGACGAUGACGACGAUGAUGCGGACGAGGACUACGAGGCUCCGGGGGGGAACUCAACCGCCCCUGGGGGCAGCAGUCACCCCCCCGCCCAGACGGAGUGGACCUGCCCUCAGUGUCAGACCACCUUCACUGACAACGACGACUACCUGAGUCACGUGAAGAUGGAGCACGGCAAGUUCCCAUGUCGUAUUUGUGGAGGCACAUUCAGCACGUCUUCCAGCCUGAGACGUCACGAGCGGGUCAUUCACGAGGGCAACAAGAGAGUCUUCCAUUGCCAAUAUUGCACAGAAGGCAAACGCACCUUUGGUAGUCGGUUCUUACUGGACAAGCACGUUCGUCUCCAUCACAGAGCCACGACAGAUGGACCGGAACGACCCAUGACCAGGAAGCGUGCAGCCACAGGGGGAGACGGUCCGGGCAGUUCCUCAGAGCAGGACGGUGAGGGUGGACCUCCUGGCGGCCGGGCGGGAGACGAGGAAGAAAACGCCACUGAGGACGGCGAGGAGGCUGCUGCGGGUCCUGCGAAGAGAACCAGGGCGUCCACUUCGACGGCACCGUUAGCGCCCAACGAGCUGGAGGAGGAAGACAACAUCUUCCGCUGCGUCCCCUGCGGCUUCACCACCGAAGACGGGGCGGAGUUCCAGCGCCACAUCCCCCAGCAUCGGGCCGACACCGCCUCAUUCCAGUGCCUGCAGUGCGGCGUCUGCUUCGCGUCAGCCGGCUCUCUCAGCCGGCAUCGCUUCAUCACUCACCGCGUGCGGGACACCCAGGGCGACACGGACCGCGGCACCCCGCGCGCUCACGGCUCCCCCGACGGCUCGCCCGCCGGCUCCCCUCUGGCGCAGGGCGAGGACGGGGACGGGAACCUGAGCUGCAAGGUGUGCGGCCGGCGUUUCGACAAGGCCUCGGACCUCAACACUCACUUCAGGACCCACGGCAUGGCCUUCCUCACCGCACACAAGACGGACAAGCCCCAGUAGAGGAGGGGGGGCAGGUCAGACUGACAGAUCAUCUACAACGAGGAGGCGAGGGUCGUGACGGAGCAGAGAGGCUGUAGAAUAUGAAUGUUGAGAUGAAACAGCUGCUUCCUGUGCAGUUUUUUUUAGCCACCAUAAACAGUUUUACUCUAAUCUAUGGCACCUCUUCUGUGCGAUUGUAACUGCAUGUUUGAUCAUGUUACUGGUCACUUAACUGAACACACACCUGUGAUAGACUCCUGAGUGGAACGGCUCUCAAACAGCCCCCAGAGUAAAGCAUUUAUAUAUCAGCCAUACUGUGUUUAAUACGUCUUGUCCUUCCAUCUCAAUCACUCAGCACUGACUGUAGCCACCUGCCUGUUUUUCCAUGUCACACACCUAAACACCUCCCACUGUUUCCCUGUCAGCUGUAGUGCCGAUAUUUUUGUACCUUACAUCAUUCGUGAUACUCAUACUCGUUCGCCUCAAGUCCGUGUCCAUUAACCCCGGCUCGAGAUCCGCUUUAAAAGCAUUUGAAACUGAUCUCAAGCCAAGAUCUGAAGCAUGUAGGGGAGCGUUUGGAGAAUUUAACACUGAUUUUUAUGUUGCUAGAAUAUUUAUUUAUACGAAACACAUUACUGCUGUUGGUAUUUGUGCGAGUCGGUUGAAUCGUGCUAAAAUGUGGUGCGAUUUUACCUGCAGCAGAGACAUGAGAUGAGAAUCUCUGAAGGCAUUUCAUUGGGAGGAGAGGUUACCGGAGGUCUGUAACCUGCGUAGUGUGAAUAAUGUGUGAUGUUGUUAAUCGUUAAGCUAGAAGAAGAAGAACAACAACAAGAGAGGUCAGGCUUCCUGCCAGUAGUAUAUGUGUACGUUUUGCCAUGUAAAUACAUAUUACACUAAAAGAAAGCGUUCUGGUUUUAGUAACUUGCUAUGAUAAUGUGAAUACGUAUAGUAUUUGUACUUGUACUGUCCCCUUUUUUUCCAAAACAAUUUGAAGUUUAAAAGAAUUCCCCCCCAGAGGUAGCUAUACGUUGUAAUUACAGAGCAGAGGGAGAGCGCGGGGGUCGUGUUGUCUUAAUGUGUAUGAAUACAAAUGUUUAUCUCUUUGAGACAGUUCUUUUUUUAUCUACAGAAUCAGUGCUUGCUGUACUCACAUUUCUUUUGUAUGUUUCAAAAACAGCCUUCAGGGUCACGUGACGGAGGCCUAAGAGUGGAAAUUUUUUUUGUUUUGUUUGUAUCUUUUAUAUGUCAUGAUAUCAUAUUUAUAUAGCUCAAUAGUGGAAAUUUCAUGUCAUUUUCUUUUCCAUGGUUGUGGUCUGCUUGCUGAAAUGCCAUACACUUUUGUGCUGUUUCGAAAUAAAUGUGUAAAAGAGA